AUGGUACUUCCAAAGGCGAUAUUGCGCCAGACAUUAAAUGCAGCUUUCGUUUCCAAAGCCAGGAGAGCUGCUUCGAUCCUUUUUUAUUAUAAACCAGUCGGAUUUACGAGAAAUAUACACAGGACUGCAUCGAACAAGCUUGAGUACGAUGAAGAAAAACAUAUUUUAGAUGAGCUGAGAAGCAAGAUGUCCGCAGAAGAUAGAGAAACGUCAAGAAAACUCAGAAAUAUAGGUAUAUCAGCGCAUAUCGACUCAGGUAAAACCACAUUCACCGAACGUGUUCUAUACUAUACAGGUAGAAUUAAAGCUAUACACGAGGUCAGAGGCCGUGAUAGUGUUGGUGCGAAAAUGGACUCAAUGGAUCUGGAGAGAGAAAAGGGUAUUACAAUCCAAUCAGCAGCAACGUAUUGUUCGUGGUUGAAAAAUAACGAAAACCAUCACUUCAAUUUGAUUGAUACACCUGGGCAUAUAGACUUUACGAUAGAGGUUGAACGUGCAUUGCGAGUCUUGGAUGGUGCUGUACUUGUUGUAUGCGCCGUUUCUGGUGUGCAAUCACAAACUGUCACAGUAGAUAAUCAAAUGCGUCGGUAUAAUGUUCCUAGAAUUACAUUCAUCAAUAAAAUGGACAGAAUGGGGGCCGAUCCCUUCCGUGCCAUUGCACAACUAAAUGCUAAAUUGAAGGUACCUGCUGCUACACUACAGGUUCCUAUUGGCAGUGAAUCAAACUUUAAAGGUGUAAUCGAUAUCAUUAAUAAAGUGGCUUUAUAUAACAGAGGAGUCAAUGGUGAAACAAUUGACACAGACACUAUUCCUUACGAACUAAAAGCUUUAGUAGAAGAAAAGAGACAGGUGCUUAUUGAAACCUUAGCUGAUGUUGACGAUGAAAUGGCAGAGAUUUUCCUGGAGGAAAAAGAACCAUCAGUGGACGAAAUUAAAGGUGCAAUUCGCAGGGCUACGAUAGCUAGAAAAUUUACACCAGUUUUAUUAGGAUCUGCACUUGCUAAUACAGGUAUUCAACAUGUAUUAGAUGCUAUCAUUGAUUAUUUACCUGAUCCUUCUGAAGUUCUUAAUACUGCCUUUGAUGUAAGCAAGGAAGAAAGCAAGGUUAAUCUAGUAUCAUCAAGUCACGAACCAUUUGUUGGCUUGGCAUUUAAAUUAGAGGAAGGAAAAUAUGGUCAAUUGACAUAUAUUCGCGUUUAUCAAGGAAGUUUGAAGAAGGGUUCAUUUAUUAAAAAUAUUCAAACGGGUAAAAAAGUCAAGGUUUCUAGGCUAGUCAGAAUGCAUUCCGAAGAAAUGGAAGAUGUUGAGGAAGUUGGAGCUGGGGAAAUAUGCGCAACAUUUGGAAUUGAUUGUGCUUCUGGAAACACUUUCACCGAUGGCUCAAUCGAAUAUUCUAUGUCUUCAAUGUACGUUCCAGAUUCUGUGGUAUCGCUUUCGAUUAAACCGAAAAGUAAAGACCUAGCAAACUUCUCAAAGGCUUUAAACCGUUUCCAAAAAGAAGAUCCUACUUUUAGGGCCAGGUAUGAUGAGGAAUCUAAGGAAACAAUUAUUUCUGGUAUGGGUGAAUUACAUUUGGAAAUUUAUAUCGAAAGAAUGAAAAGAGAGUAUAAUGUCGAGUGCGAGACGGGAAAACCCCAAGUUUCAUAUAGGGAGUCUAUUACGAUACCAGCCGAUUUUGACUACACGCACAAGAAGCAGUCUGGUGGUGCUGGUCAAUUUGGUAGAGUUGCUGGAACUCUAUCACCUGUUGCUUCAAAAGUUAAUGAAUUUGAAACUGCGAUUGUCAGUGGUGCAAUCCCUGAAAAGUUUCUUGCUGCCUGUAAGAAAGGUUUUGAUGAGGCAUGUGAGAAAGGACCUAUUAUUGGCCACAGGGUACUUGGUGUCAAAAUGUUGAUAAACGAUGGUGCCAUCCACUCAGUAGAUUCGAAUGAACUUUCUUUCAAAAUAGCCACAAAAACAGCCUAUCGUAAUGCAUUCUUGAAGGCACAACCCGUUAUUCUGGAGCCAAUAAUGAAAGUCUCAGUCACUGCACCAAACGAGUUCCAGGGAAAUAUUAUCAGUCUUUUGAAUAAGCUGCAAGCUGUGAUUCAAGAUACAGAAAACAAUCAUGAUGAUUUUACCUUGGAAGCUGAAUGCCCCUUGGCAUCAAUGUUUGGUUUCGUUACAUCUUUAAGAGCAGCCACACAAGGUAAAGGUGAGUUCUCCCUGGAGUUCAGUCACUAUGCACCAACUUUACCCAACGUGCAGAGAGAGCUAAUUGCUGAUUUUAACAAAAGGCAAGAAAACAAGUAA